AUGCACUUCCUUCAACUGGCCUCUCGCACUGAGAAGAGAAGGUGCCUAACAGUUGGGCAGGUAGCUCAUACCCAACGACCUUCCUCUCAGCCAGCUGCCACUGUUCUGCAUCUUGAAGAUGCGAUUCCAUGUCCUCCACAGGUCAAGAUUGACUUUACGCCAGUUCAAAGAAUUCUUGAUGUCAUCAAUUCAUCUACCAAUGAGUUUGUGCAAGAUUGGCCAAUUGGACUUGAAGUCCCGCAGGUCACUCAGGAGGCGAUUGCUCAGCUUGAGCAGCUUUCCACUGAAGUCCCUAUUGCCUUUCAUCUUUACACCGAUGGCUCCAAAGUGCAAGAAGGCGCUGUUGGCGCAGGCAUCGUCCUAAUCAUCGAGUAUCAGCAUGACUUCGCCUUCGGAGGAGCGCUUGGCAAAGUCGUCCUACCAGAUGGACAUGCUGGAAUAGGUGAAAAUGGUGCAGUAAUUUGGGCGCUUUUGUGGGCUAUUCAGCUCAGCAAUCAUGUUUGGACCACCUUUGGCAACGUGGACACACACUACUACUUCCACUUUGAUGCGGUGAAUGCAGGCUAUCUUGCGGGCGGCUACUUCAGAACUCGCAAGUUCCCGAGUCACCGCAUCUUGAUGCGUAGCCUUGCCCACUUGAUUCAAGGGAGGCACGGCCUCUCAAGGAUGCACUGGCGGCACAUCAAGGCACAUACAGGCAACCCUUGGAAUGAAUUGGCUGAUGCCAUCGCGAAGUUUGCCUCACUCCAUCCUGCACAAGUUCAAGAUAGCAAUCUCUGGCAGACAUGGCUCCAGGAUGCUGAACAACUGCGAGCUGUGCAAUGGGCCUGGUAUCUUGAACAAAUGCACGCCCAGAGCCCGAAUGUGCCGAGAUUCAAGGAUGGAUUUCUUGAGUGUGAUAUCACCCAAGUGCCAGUGCCACAUAGUCCAUCUCAACCGCAACUAGAUGACCCUGAACAAGUGCCGCAAAAAUUUACAGUUGACGUUACAAUCGCCACUGCAAACGUUUUGACCUUGCACCACUCGACGGACCACAAACAGGGCACUAGCAUCUCCCGACAAAGCGUGCUCAUGCAACAAUUCCAUGAAGCCAAGUGCAUCAUUGUUGGCAUACAGGAGACGAGGCACCGCCACCUUGUCGGGCUAUGCAACCCUUGGUACCAUGUGCUUGGGCAUCCAGCAUCACCUCAAGGGCAAGAUGGGGUACAGCUAUGGAUUUCACAUUGCCUCCCAAUACAUCCUCAAGGGCCUUGCAUCACGAAAGACCACAUCAGAAUCGUGCAAUCCAGCCCAAACUUGCUCAUCGUCAAGAUCAAUUUGAUUUCCUGGAAGUGCGUCAUUGUCACAGGACGAGCCCCACACUCAGGAAGACCUCGACAUGAAGCAACUGCAUACUGGAAUGAAAUCUCAGCAACUCUUGCCCGCAAAGCAGCAGGAUGGCCCAUUUUCUUCUGCGGUGAUGCCAAUGCCCAUGUUGGAGACUGCCCUACAUCAGCUAUCGGAGAUCAUGUACCAGCCCAGGAAAACCAAGCAGGUGAAGUUUUUCACCACUGGCUGUUGCACAACAACCUGAAGCUCCCAGCCACAUUCGCUGAGUCGCAUCCAGGCCCUGUUCACAACACUUACCAUUCUCCAGAUGGUCAGCACGCGACGAGGAUUGACUACAUUGCCCUUCCUCAGGAGAUACAGUACCACACCCUGAAUUCUUGGGUUGCUGAAGACAUUGAUCUCAGCACACAUCGAACUGAUCAUCAUGCAGUUCUGUGUCGUUGCACUUUCGAUAUUCACGCAUGCCUGCCUAGCAAAAGACAGUCGCAGCCAAAAUGGGACUCUCAACAUUUGUGUCAGCAACUACAAAAUGAAGAGGUAUUUUACACCCUUCACUCAGCAGUGGUCCCUACUCCUUGGCAAGCAGACCCACACACCAUGGCAGACAACCUGGCGCGGCAAACAACAGCAGCAUUGCACCAGAUCACACGACAUCGAAAGCAUUGGAAGCGCAAAAGCCACAUCACAGAUGCCACAUGGCAGCUUGUUGAUCUUAAGAAGCUCUUCUUCAAGCAGCUUCGACAGUUGAAAAGGACGCAGAGGCAUACAAUCCUACAUGCUUGCUUCCACUCGUGGCGCUCUACUACAUCCACAUGUACAAGCUCCACAAGGUGGAACAAACUGCACGACCAAGCAGCUGCCCACACCUUACGGGACUACAAGCAAACAGCUCAACAGGCCCUACUUUUCCGCGAGUUGGAGACAAACAAGGGGUGGCUCGUCGAGAUGCGCGAAGACCUCAUAUGGUUGAACUCUUUCAAACCGUUGCCCUUUGACCUCCCGCAAGACCGCCAGUCCUGGGUUGAUGCUUGGGACGCUUUGCGAGAACCAGAUUUCGCUUGGUGGGAGCCAGACCUUACCAGCGACUUGCUCAAGUCUUGCUUUGCCCAGUUUGCUGAGAGCCUGCACUCUUGGGCGCGGCAUCCGACAGAAGAAGAUUUUCACAACAUUUUCUUUAAUCUUUUUCUUCACAUGGGCAUCCCGGAGUUCAAAGCGGCGCGCAUCUUCAUUGCUUGGAUUGAGACGGAGUUUCAAGAUUUGCACCCGCUCAUGGAUCCAGACGUAUACGCCAUUUUGGAUGCAUGUCACAUGUCAUUCUUGGAUGAUAUCCACAUUUGGCAAUUGAGAGCAAGGAAGAAGGCAUUGCAACAGUGUUGGGAGAGACUUGAGCAAGGUGAACCCAAACCAGUCAGGCCACCGGCCCAGCAGUCUACACCACACCAGAGGUGCCAUUCGAUUCCUUCCACCUUCCAGGCGUUACAGCAUGCAGAAGCUGCACGACAUCAUUGGGUGGUGGUACAACACCCACGUGUUGAGACACGGCUUGGAGAUGGCCCCUUUUACAUCGUUCAUCUUUAUUCUGGCAGACGCCGUGAUGAGGACUUCCAGCACUAUAUGCAGAAGUAUUUGGACGAGGGCCCUGAGCAGAUCUCGCAAUCAGUGCUGGUGAUCUCCGUCGACACAGCGAUCAGCGACAAGAUGAACGUGCACGACCAGCGCUUGUGGCACUUCUUGCUCACUGCAGCUCGUCGAGGCCUAUUAUUAGCUCUUCUCCUUGGCCCGCCUUGCGAAACCUGGAGCAGUGCGCGCUUUGAAACACAGAUGGAUGAGAACGGGGUUCCUCUGAAAGGCCCACGACCGCUCAGAGGCACACCCGACAGUUGCUGGGGAAUGGAGCUGCUCAACUUCAAGGAGCUCUUGCAGGUGUCGGUUGGCAACAGCCUUCUCUUGAAAGGACUGCAGCUUUGUGCGUGUGUGGCGGUGGGCGGAGGUGCCGUCGCCCUCGAGCACCCAGCUCCGCCUUACCAGCUCGAAAGGCCUUCGAUCUGGCGCACUGCGAUCAUUUGCCUUAUGAGUGGUCCAGGGAUGCCAUUUCGACAAUAUACCUUUCAUCAAUGGAGGCACGGCGCCGCUGGAGUGAAGCCAACCACGCUUCUGUAUGCGAAUGCUGCGAUCCCGCAAACCUUUGCUGCAAAUGAGCAACGAGAUUUGGUCAAGCCAACAACCCCACUCAUCGGGCGCUUGGCCGACGGGAGUUUCCGCACGUCCUUCGCGAAGGAAUACCCAGCUGGCAUGAAUCAAAGUUUUGCUGAAUCGUUUUGGAAGAGAAUCUCCCAUCGAUUCCAAGUGCAGGGACUUCCAUUUUGCCAUGAAGGAUUUCCCGAGAUUGCACAUGAAUUGGCUCUCAUCGCGGCCAGCGUUGAGCGCGACCGUUGCAU